AUGAGAGCUGGAGGCUGCACGGUGGAGCAAGCCCUCACGCCUGAGGCUGCAAACGUGGUGAAACAAGCCAUGGGCUUGGCUAGAAGGAGAGGGCAUGCCCAGGUCACACCUCUCCAUGUGGCUAGCACCAUGCUCUCUGCUUCCACGGGUUUACUUAGAACAGCUUGUCUCCAAUCUCACACUCACCCUCUUCAAUGCAGAGCCCUCGAGCUCUGCUUCAACGUGGCUCUAAACCGCCUCCCGACCUCCACGGGGAGUCCUAUGUUAGGGGUUCCAACUUCCCCUUUCCCUUCUAUCUCCAACGCUCUCGGUGCAGCUUUCAAACGAGCGCAGGCUCACCAGCGGCGUGGAUCCAUCGAGAGCCAGCAACAACCGAUUUUAGCUGUCAAGAUUGAAGUGGAGCAGCUCAUAAUAUCCAUCCUCGAUGAUCCUAGCGUGAGUAGAGUGAUGAGAGAAGCUGGUUUCUCGAGUCCUCAAGUGAAGACCAAAGUCGAGCAAGCUGUUUCUUUAGAGACUUGCUCCAAAACAACCUCCUCGAGUAAACCCAAAGAAGGGAAGUUGUUAACUCCUGUCAGGAACGAGGAUGUCAUGAACGUUAUAGAUAGUCUAGUCGACAAAAAGAGGAAGAACUUCGUGAUCCUGGGAGAGUGUUUAGCCACUGUUGACAAAGUUGUGAGAACAGUGAUGGAGAAAGUUGACAAAAAAGAUGUGCCCGAAGCUUUAAAAGACGUAAAGUUUAUAACUUUAUCGUUCUCAUCGCUUGGGCAACCGAGUAGAUCCGAUGUGGAGCAUAAGCUAGAGGAGUUGGAGACACUUGUGAGGAGCUAUGUCGGAAAAGGAGUGAUUCUAUAUCUGGGAGAUCUAAACUGGUUCGUAGAGUCUAGAACGAAAAGUUCUUCACUGUAUAACAACAACUAUUGUGUUGUGGAGCAUAUGAUAAUGGAGAUUGGGAAGUUGGCUCGUGGGUUGGUCAUGGGAGAUCAUGGGAGGUUUUGGUUGAUGGGUCUUGCGACUUCACAGACUUACGUGAGAUGCAAGUCUGGUCAACCUUCGCUUGAGUCCCUUUGGUGUCUCACUACUCUCACUAUUCCGGCGACGACUAGUAGCCUUCGUUUGAGUCUCGUCUCCGAGAGUGAGCUUGAAGUCAAGAAAUCAGAGAAUUUACCUCUGCAGCUGCAUCCAUUAAAGGAGCAGCUCAGUUUCUGUGAGGAAUGUUCUGUCAAGUUUGAGGCAGAAGCACGGUUCUUGCAAUGCAGCAAUAGCAAUGUUACCGUUGCAGCUUUACCUGCGUGGCUUCAGCAGUACAAGAAUGAAAAUAAAAAAAGCGACACCGAUUCACACUCUAUAAAGGAACUUGUGGUGAAAUGGAACUCAAUCUGCGAUUCGAUCCACAAGAGACCAUCUCUAAAAACACUCACACUCUCUUCCCCUACUUCUUCCUUUUCUGGUUCUGUUCAACCUUCGAGUACUCUCCAUAAUCUUCAAAGCAACGGUGAUUGGCCCGUGAUCGUGACAAACAAGUAUCGUCAUCAUCAUCAUUCCAUGACCCCUGAUGCAUCCCACUUAAGACUGUUUAUUCCAGAACAUGACAGCGAACAAAAAAACGAGCUUUUCUCUUCGAAUCCUAAUUCGACAAUUAACUCAGCCGCUUCUUCUAGCGAUGCAAUGGAGGUGGAACAUGAUUCUUCCAGGUUUAAAGAGAUGAAUGAUGAAAACCUAGCAACACUAUGUGAUGCCUUGGAGAGCAAGGUACCAUGGCAGAAGGAUAUAAUCGUGGAGAUAGCGAAAACAGUCUUGAAAUGCAGAUCAGGAUCGAGUACGAGGAAGAUCAACGGAAAUGAUGAUAUAAAAGAAGAGACUUGGAUGUUCUUCCAAGGUCUUGACGUAGAGGCUAAAGAGAAGAUCGCUAGAGAAUUGGCCAAACUUCUCUUCGGAUCUCAAAACAGCUUCGUCUCGAUCUGCUUGAGCAGUUUCUCAUCGCAAAGAUCGGAAUCCGCAGAAGAUGUGAGGAACAAGAGGUCGAGAGACGAACAGAGCUUAAGUUACAUUGAGAGAUUCUCUGAAGCUGUUUCGUUAGAUCCGAACAGAGUGUUCUUAGUGGAAGAUAUAGAGCAAGCUGAUUAUUUAUCUCAAAUGGGGUUCAAGAGAGCUAUCGAGAGAGGAAGAGUUCGUAGUUCGAGCGGUGAAGAAGCUUCGCUUGAAGACGCGAUUGUGAUCUUGAGCUGUGAAAGAUUCAGUUCAAGAUCAAGAGCUUGUUCUCCUCCCGUUAACUCUGCCGGUUCAGAUCAAUCGGAAGAGAAGAACGUUGCUACUUGUGUUGCACUCGAUCUCAACCUAUCUCUUGAUGAUGACGUUCGUGAAGAAGAAUCAUGUGAUGAGAUUGGCUUGCUCGAAGCUGUGGAUGCACGGUUUCAUUUCAAGUGUUCGUCAACAUAACAUCAUGCAUGUGUGCAUGUAAGUAUGUAACAUGGCCAAGUUUAUGAACAUGGACUUAAUCAUUCCGAUUAAAUCAUGUGUUUGUUUCCUUACGUAUUUCUCUUUCAUUGGGACAAUACUCUUGGUUAAACGUGUAGUAGUAGAUUUUUUUUUUUUUGGUUUGGCUUAGGAACCUUGUAGAAGGAUAUGGGAAUGGGAAAAUUGAGAAUUUCUUCUUUC